CACGUCCCACCACUGCCUGCUCACAGCAGAAAAUCCUUCCACCUUCUAGGAGCUGUCAUUAGACAAGGGGACAUUGGAUUUUUCUGACCUGAAAAUGAACUUUAGGAGAAUUUUUCUAAUCAAGAGCCUGCUGCUUUUGUUUCCGAGUGUAAAAUGCUCUGUCACCAACUGGUUUUAUGUGGCAGUGAAUGAGUCGGCUCUUCUCAGUGUCACUGCUGUUGGGAGUGUAUAUGAUGCAACAUGGAUGAAAGACAGAAAAAGGUUGCUUCAGAUAAAAGACAGGAAAGUUAAGUACUAUGUGAACAAGGAGCAGUGCAGGUGCAAGAUAUUCCUAAAUGGGACUCUGCAGAUAGAGCAGGCAGUGAAAGAGGACAGCGGAAAUUACACGGUGACUGUUUACGAGCAGGAUGGGAAACGGAAGGCAGAAGAACAUACAGUGUUCAUCGUUCAGGGGCCUGUCCCUCAGCCAAUCCUCAGUGCUGAAUGCAUGAACAAAACUGUAUUUGUCAAGUGUGAAGUGAAGCAGAAGACUAAAGAUGAAACAUUUAUAAUAGAACUGACUCAAGAUAAAAGCAAAAAGAUACAUAAGAAUGCAACAAGUUUGGAAUUGCACACACGGCAUUCUGGGACGUUCAGAUGUGUUGUUAAGAACCAAGUCAGCGAAAAAAUGGUUGAAAAAGUAGCUAAGUGCUCAGGCCAGCUGGACCUUUAUCUCAUCUUAAGCAUAGCAGGAGGUGCAGUCUUCUUUGUCAUCUUCAUGAUUUUACUUAUUUAUUGUAUCAGGAGGAAGAAAGCAGAAAGGCUGGAAGAUGAUGGAGAGGAGCACUUGACUCAGGCGCGCCCCAUGGACAGUGAGAUGAUGGUGAGGGAGCUCCGGCAGCAGCCGUGUAAUCCCACCCCGAGGCAGCAGCGUGUGCAGCGGCGGCCGCUGCCGCAACCCCAGGUACAGCAGCGAGCACUGCCUCCACGGCCCCGGCCCCGCACUCAGCCGCGGACUCCAAACCACCCCACAGAGAGACUUUGAACGUCUGCCCCGGGAGGGACAGCGGUCUCUGUGCUCCACGGUGCACUAGGAAAAGAAAGCUUCUAACAGUCAGGAAUCCCUUCCUCCCAACCUUGCGUAACGCUCAGCUAUGAAAUGGCAGCUUUUGUUGCAGAAAAUUAGAGAGAACCUCAAAUGGAGAUGAAGAGACCCAGUGGAGGAGAUUCAAGGUGAUGGGCAUUCAUCCCUGUGGCCAUUUUUCAUCAAAGGUGUCUCUCCAUGGUAGGGUACGGAGCACUGAGCCUUGAAAUCUUUGUGUUUCUGUGGUUCACUUGUUUUUACCAUACCUUGUUGUCUUUGUGCCUCUUGGAUGGAUUAUACCAAGAAGAAGCUAAAGCCCUACUGAGACAAUAUGGGCCUAAGGAUCUUACUGGGUUUUGUCACAUAUCUUCUGUUUCUCCUGCCACACAUUAGGACAGCCCCAUGGCUUCAGGAUCAAAUGCAUGACUGCCUGGGUUAAAAAAUAAUUGUAUGUAAUUAAAUGCUUGUCUGAAGCUGACAGAAUUGGUGUCAUCAAACACAGAGAAGAAGAUACUGAAGGGAGAUGUGGGAGCUUUGAAGGACAUCCAUGUGUAGAAAAAUGCAAGUGAGAAAGGAGUAAACUUUUCACGAUCUCUACCAUGGCUUAAGUUGCAGGGAGGGUUAAGUCAGGUGUGGUUUUUUGUUUGGUUUGGUUUUUUUUUUGUUCCAAAUGAAGUACUGAAAUAGAUUUCUGGGAAAGGAUUUCCAGCACUGAGGGUUUCAAACAGCGGAUUAAGCAUUCUCAUCCUGCUGAGGCCCAGGGAACAUGCUGCAUGGCCUCUUAAAGGAAUAUUUCAGCUCAGUUUUCUGUGACUCCUUGCUAAAAAAUAAAAUUAAACUUUAUUGUCAGGAUA